GCUUUCAACAAGAAGAUAAUUUUUGGCAAAUAUGUUAUUAAUCGUUGCGGUAGACAAACAUUAAAUUGAAGUUUCUAUUUUGAAUAAAAUCAGUGAUUGCAAAACGAGUUUAAAUAUUUUGCAUUGUCUUUAAUGAUCAUAUUACAAUUGUUGCAUUCAUUUCAACACAAAGUUUACAUUACAAGAAAAAUGAAUGUUGUUCAUAACGCGUUUUAGACAAUGACAACCCAUCAAUCUGCAAUUGCUGGAAGUGAGCGAAAAACUCGGCUUGUCACGCUGGUAGAUCUAUCUACAGAUCAUUUACGUGAUUUUUUACACGAUCCGCAAUAUGGAAACCUUCCGAACAACAAAGUUCAACUGUACCAAGCUUUAUUACCAUACUAUGCAACAUUGAGUCGUAUCUUGCAAAAUGACCAAUUGCAGUUGAUGUAUCCGAGCAAUAGGGAGACUGAUUCAGAAAAAUUUGAUCUCACUCUGCUUAGCGUGGUGUUUCGAAAUUGCACAAAAAUUAAAAAGCCCAAGGGUGGAUGGAACGUGAAAAUACCAGAUCCUAACGACCAUAGCCUUGCGGCUGACAUUCUCCGUCUUCGUAAUUUAAGAAACUUUGUAAUGCAUAGCAAGAAUGUGUCACUGAAUCAAUUUGAUGACUGGUGGAAUGACAUCCUUGUCAUUUUAACACGAAUAAAUUUCGACUUGGAGCUAGUGAAGGAUUUAAAGUAUGGUGAGCUGAGCAAAUUAGAAGUAUUUAAGAUCAACGUACUUCAAAAACACAUGAAAGAGCUUCAAUCGUGUGUGAAGAAAAACACCAACGACACUUACAUUACCAAUGGAAGAGUUGACCAUGCAGAGACGCAAAUAAAAACAAUCGCAGAUAGAAUAAAGUUUUUCGAAACUUCAACUAAAAACACUCUGGUGGAUUUAUCGUCAAAAGUGGACAGUAUUCAAGUAAGUUUGUUGGAGAAUACCAAGAGGAGAAUUGCUGCAAUACACGAGGAGCAUUCGACUUGUGCAGUUGAUCAGAACUGUAUGAAACAAGUGGUGGACAUAACUGAGGAUGCAGCAACCCCUGCUGGGGAGGAGGAAGAUUUGAUUGAAAACGAAGAAACAGUCCAAUACUUCCUUUCAAAAAACAACACCAACGAGUUACGUAUAAGCCUUUCAGACGAUUACAUCAACCAUGACAUUAAUGUUAAGGUGGCAUUGUCACAAGAAAACAAUCAAAACACGUUAACUCAAGGUUCAGAUUUCAAUGUAGAAAAGCAGGGUAGAAAAAUGGUGGUAGUGAUAAACAAGAUGGCGGCGCAGGGUGUGAAGAAACUUGUUGUUAUAUUAACUAAUCAACAAGGCAAAAUUACAAUGUUCUACGUUGAAGACAUCCCGUCAGCAUGUAUGCACUGGGUUCAAAAGAAGAGUUGCAAUUUCAUACUAUGUAGUCACAAAGGAUGCGAUCUUUCGCAGAUAAUUUCAGAUAUAAUUGGGAUGACAACUCUAAAUCACGAGGUGGAAUACAUUUCCGGAGGUGUUGUUAAUAAAAUCAGUUAUGCGGAUUGGUUAAAAUUUGGGAGAAAAUUCUGUGAAGAAUAUUUAUGCUGGGAUGGUGACUUCUUGAGUGAAGCCGUGCAGUUUCCUCCAGUCCUGAUAAAGACGAAAAUAUCAGAAAUUGCUCACACCAUUAAAGAAACUUUAAUGAACACACAAGACUCGAUAUUUGCAGUAAUAACAGACUAUAACUGCUUAGAACACGCACGAUUUUUAAAAUAUAACGUAAACGAUUAUCCAUUUAUUGGAACGAUAUCAAACCAUGAAGAUAGGAUUUUGAUCAUGCAUCCAAAUCAAAAUGUUUUCUUCAAUGUGAGAUGCACAAAUGCAGACGUAAUGGACUCAAUACAAGAAGAAUUUGAGAAAGGAAUAGAAGAUAUAAAAUUGUUUUCUCUUGUAAAUAAGUCAUUUUUCUCAACUGGUAGAAUCAUUAUGGUGAAUGUAGUUGCGGCACCGAUGUUUGUUCCAUCAAAUACAGAAGUUGAAUUGUGCAGAGAUUGUCAUCUUAUUCACAAAGAUAUCUUAAAUAACAAAAAACACAUCCAAUCGUUUUUUGAGAAUUUGAUCAAUAAAGAAUUUGAUGACAAGGAGAAUACAGACAAUGAUGCAAGCAAAGGACAUUUUAUGGCAAUUCUAAGUCACACUUUAUCUUUUAUGGCAACUGGAAAGGCUGUGCAUUCCAUACUGUCGAUAACGAACAACAAUGCUGAAAAGAUCGAUUCGUUAAUGCUUAAUGUUGAGCAACUGCGAGUAUUGUACAGUGAUGAAAAAAGAAAGAUUAUUAAAGGCGACUAUGGGACUGGAAAAUCAUUAUUAGGCUUAUGUCAUCUAACGUAUGUAACUAAUCACGCUGAAGAAAAAACAGUUAUGUAUUACAUCUGUUGGGAUCAUGUGAGUCUUCUACUGCAUGAUGUAAGGAGAUAUAUAAGAGAUUUACGUAAAAAUGAGUACGUCGAAAUCAUUGCUAUAAAUAUUGUGGACCUUUCAAAGCAGUUUGGUCUGCUUGAAUUGCCAUCGUAUUCUAAGUUGCUGGAUCUGCUCUUUCAAAAGCAUUGUGAUGUUCAGUUGCAUAUUGUUAUUGAUGAAUUGGAUGGUGAAAGGAUGGACAAGGAAGUAGCUCAAAAUCUGCAUGAUUUCUUCCAAUCUGCAAAAUACAACAUGAAAAACUCCCUAAUUGUAUUCCUACCUCAAUCGAUCGAGAAACAUAGGACUUAUCAAUGCCGUCAUAAAAGGAUUGCGCAUGAUAAAUAUCACUUCGAAUUAACCGGAAUGACAGUAUUCGUACUAUCUAAAUGUAUGAGAGCAACAAAAAGGAAUUUUGAAUUCACACGAGAGGUUGAAUCUAUGAUUUUGAAAAGUCGAAAUUUAAUGAGCCAUCCACCUCUACCAAAUGGUCAAGCCGAACGUUCUAAUUCAAGCCAAACGGAAUUUCUUAUGAAACCAGCACCCGUUUAUGCAGAUCACGAUGACAGUUACAAAGACGACGAAAGGGUGAAUGCUGUAUCUGAGACGGAAGAGUUCGAUCAAUUUGAAACUCUUAUUGACGUUGAUGUAGUUACCGCUCAACUUCCAUCAAACCAAGUAGACACAGAUAUUCACACGGAAACAGAGUUUAAAUGUACGCGGGCUGAUGCAGUUGGUCAUGGCAUAUGUGGACAGAAGCCUGCAUUUGUCCAUAUAUAUCAAGGGCAAAAAAAUGAAGCAGCUUUAAGUACGAAGUUAGCAUUGUGUUUAGAGGAUAUCAUCCUGCGUAGUUCGGCAGUUAAAAGAUUACUCCUGUUCACAUCCAAUCAACAGAUGCACAUACUCAAGAAGGUUUUAGAGAUAUUAGGUGUUGAAUAUAUAUUCUAUCAUUCCUCUACGAAUUAUAAGCUGAUUCACAGCGAUGGUAAUGUUUGCGAAACGUUACCAAAGCAUUACAAUUUGCUAACAAAUUUCCAAGCGAGUAGAGGAGGAGAAGCAGAAGAAGUGAUCGUGGCUAUUGAUCCACUUGAUUCCAAACUACGUCACCUGGCUUUGGAAUGUUUUACAAGAAGUACCUCAAGGCUGGUGAUAACUUCCCUUUCAAAGAUUGGCCCCAAUAGCAAGCAAGAGAAUGUUGAAUCAACAGGUGACAUUAUGGAAACUUUAGUGCAUAAAAAGAAGGUUUUGGAAGAAGUUUGUAUUAAAAGUAUGCAGCAUCCAAACACAGAGAGGCCAUGCCUGAAAGAACAAUUUACCAACAGACUAUGUGUUUAUGUGAACACCAACUCAAGAAGAUAUAAAGAGCUUUAUAAAAAAGCACAAUCUUUGGUGUAUGAAGAUACAGAUGUAACCACGUUGGAUCCGGGCACUGUCAUACAAAAACUUCUGCAACAACCAAGCAACGUACACCAUUUAACCUGUUCAUACAUCUCAGUUGAUACUUGUAUGUUGAAAUGGACAAACGGUCCAUACAAGCACAUUAUUCGUAUGAAAAAUAUAAAAUUGAAUUCUGCUUGGGAAGAAAUUGGAACUGUGGAAGCAUCGAAGGAUCACUUUACUGUUACUGAUGUGGCAGAAUCUUGUCGUUAUUCUUUCAGUGUGAUAGCAGUAAACAAGUUAGGAGAAUCAGAACCAACAAUCGUUUCUUAUUAUCAUAGUAAAAUUCGAAGAAUCGAAAUAAAAGAAGUACACUCAUGGGAUUACAUGACGUACCUCAUACGUGAAGGACGUUCUAAAAGUCUCACUGAAAUUAUCGAGGAAGACCCUGAUGUCAUCAAUACUAGAAACACCCACGGUCGAACUUUACUAAUGCACGCAGCGUCGAGCAAUCUCCACGAGAUGGCGAAACUACUUAUUCAGCUUGGCAGCGAUGUUUGGGCUGUUGAUAAUGGUAAAAAUAAUGUUUACCAUUACUGCUCCAGAGAUGGUUAUCACCAACUGCUGCAGAUGCUACUAUUGCAUGAUUCUUCAAACAUCAACGCGGUAAACUCUUUAAAUGAAACUUGUCUGCACGAAGCAACUUGGAAUGGCAGUGUUGAAUGUGUACGAAUCUUGUUGAUAUAUAAUAUUGACACACACGUCAAAAAUAAUGACGGACAAAAGGCUUAUGAUGUGACGUGUAUGGGUUGGAAAAACCAAGACAAGCUGGAACUUGUCCACCAACUCAUAUUACGACAUGGAGAAUUCAAUGAAACUAACGUGUAAUGUUAAAUUUUUGAUUCCGCAAAAAAUGAGUUACUUUUUUUCGUGAAUACCCACAUAUACAAUCCAACGAAAUCUACUCUGUAAUUUUUUUACUUCGUGCCGCCAUUUUUAUAUUUCUAGCUCAUACUAUCAGAUAUCAUCUCGCGUUAUCUUUAAAUCAAAUUA